AUGUAUGAAAACAUGAAGGCGAAAGUUGAAAAUGUUAUGAACAGAGGAGAAGUUGGUGAAAUUUACAUCAACGAUGAUGAAAAACUUGAAGCUUUUAAUAAAUGGAAAUCUGGAUUUACUCUGCAAGAUCACCCUACUGUUAUUCAGGUUCUACUAGACAGCCGCCAUAACAAAGGCAUCACCGGACAUUUCUUGCCAAAUCACAUCUAUGUUUCCAGGCAGAAACGUAAGACAUCACCCCACCAUUACAAGGUCGGUGCUCUAAAUGUUCUGGUAUCUAUAAUUCAUCUUCAUCUUACCUUGUUUCCAACCAACAUUGUUUUACAUUUUGUUGGACCUAACGUUUCUCCAUGUUUUUGUUGGUAUAUCGAAGCUUUGGGUAUCGACGAUCAUGACGAAUUCUCCUUUAAUAUUAACCCAAGACUGUGA